GUGAUUCUUGGGAAUAAAUUGGGUAAGCAAAUUGCCUUGCUUUAUACAGCAGGAGAAGUACCACAUCACCGGUCAACGACAACAGAUUAACGUGAAAAUUAUUUUUCUUAGGGUUGUGAUGGCAUAUAUACCAGAUAUGACGUUAAUGCUGUGUGUUUGACAUUUUACUAGCUGAAAAUUUAGUUCAAGCACGGUCUACGCGAAGAGAUUGGGACGUUAUAUAACGACGAAAAAUAAGGAUGUCAAUCCUAACACCAAUUAAAUUAGAGGCAUACUACAGUUGAUAGUCUAAGCAAAAACAAGAGAAAUACUGAGAGAUUAACAAUGCACAAACCGACUUUGGUUCGCCGUCUCCUUCUCGUUUUCACUUGCUUAAUCUUUAUAGCUUUAAAUCUUGCGGUUGUGUGCGUUUUCCGUUCAAGUCCAAGUAACCUUUGUGGAACAGCGCAAGAAAAUUUGACGCACGGUUCAUUUGAUGUUGAGAACCGGCACCCUGCCGAUCUAGGCGAUGUUGCCGUUGUUGGCCAGUCUUUUAACGAGAUUGUUGACUCUGUCGUGCCACGUGUAAAAAUCAGCGACGUUGACUGCAAGUUACUUUUUGAAGGGGAUCUUGAUGAAUUGCAUUACGCAGAGGAAAUAAUGACACAGACACAGCGACAUUUUCUUUCAGAUGAACGUAUGUUUCUUAAGUCGAAGAACUGCACAAAAUUUGUUAAGGAAAGGCAAUAUAUUUUAUCGUCGCUGACAAAAGAAGAAGAAGAGUUUCCCCUGGCUUUUAGUAUUAUGGUUUAUAAAAAUGCGGAGCAAGUAGAGAGGUUAUUACGCGCCAUCUAUCGACCGCAAAAUUUCUACUGCUUCCACGUUGAUAACAAAAGUUCCCCGGCGUUUUUAAAUGCAAUGACGUCAUUGUCAAGCUGUUUCGACAAUGUGUUUGUAGCAAAUACACAUGUUAAUGUUGUGUGGGCAGAGGUGACCGUGCUGGAUGCAGAGUUGGUCUGUAUGGAGGAAUUAUUUAAGCGAUACUACAAGAAAUGGAAGUAUUUCAUCAAUCUUACUGGUCAAGAAUUUCCGCUGAAAACGAACAUGGAGCUAGUGAAGAUUUUGAAAGCAUAUGGCGGUGCCAAUGAUAUGGAAGGGACUCUGAAAAGAACUUUUUUCAGACGAAAUAUGGAUCGUUUUACAAAAGAAUGGGACGGCCACCUCCACCUGACAGGUCAAACGCUACCCCCCGCUCCCUUUGGGAUUGUUCCUACGAAAGGGGCAGUUCAUAUUACGGCAACGUGGGGGUUUGUGAACUUCACCCUCACUGAUCCUAUCGCAAAGGAGUUUCUGAAAUGGACUCGAAAGACCCAUAGAGCUUGUGAGACAUUUUUCACCUCCCUCAAUCAUAACCCUCAUUUGAUGGUGCCCGGAUCAUUCACAGGAUCGGCAGAAGCACUGGAGACUAAGCCUUUCAUGACGCGUUAUAAAAUUUGGGUUGACGAGAGCAUACCAUUUUGCGGCGGAAAAUUUGUACGCGCCAUAUGCAUCUUUGGGUUGGAACAUUUACCAAGACUGUUUGUAAGAAAUGAAUUAUUCGCAAACAAGUUUCACCAGGAAUUUCAGCCGUACACAUUAGAUUGUAUGGAGGAGUGGCACUACAACAAAACGAGACUGGGGUAUUCUCUACCUUUUAAUACACAGCAUUAUCGGUCAUUGCCAUUUGUAAAGGAUAAAAUUAUCUAGGGCAUAUCGAACACCAAAGAAUAAAAAAAAUUCUUGAAAGAGAACGACACAAAGCUGCUACAGCGGAGACAUCCCAUCUAGCACAUGGCUCGAUUGCUGCUGUCGCUGCA